GCACUACGAAGAGAUCUGCUAGAAGCACCUUUUUUUUCUUUCUUUCUUUCUUCUCCCUCGGUGAAGAUCCCGUUCCCUCUUUUUCUCUCUCUCCGAGCGUCCUCCUAAUAAUAAGCGCUCCAAAGCGAUUCUUGUAAAUACCAGACGAGAGCAGAACAGUGCUGGGAGAGAAGCAGGACGGAUUUUAGAACUUGGGAGACUCUGCGUCGCUUUCGAGAAAACGAGUGCACCUGACCCCCUCGCUCAAGAUGAUGAUGUAUCUGUGGGGUAAUCAGGACGCCCCUGCCCCACCCGAGCCCAUGGCCCAGCCGUACCCCUCUGCCCAGUUCGCCCCCCCUCAGAACGGCCUGCCCACCGAGUACCCUACGUCUCACCCUCACCCCGCCCCCGAGUACCCGGGCACGAGCGCCGUACCUGAGCACACGCUGAACAUGUAUCCUGCAGCGCACACACACAGCGAGCCGAGCGCAGAGUCCAGCGCACACACCGUCUCCGGCACAGCCACGCAGACAGACGACGCAGCACAGACAGACAGCCAGCAACAGACGCAGUCCUCCGAAAGCACGGAAAACAAGACGCAGCCGAAGCGACUCCACGUCUCCAACAUUCCCUUCAGGUUCAGAGAUCCAGACCUCAGGCAAAUGUUCGGCCAAUUUGGUAAAAUCUUAGAUGUUGAGAUAAUUUUUAAUGAGAGGGGAUCUAAGGGUUUUGGUUUCGUAACUUUCGAAAGUAGUGCUGAUGCGGACAGGGCGAGGGAGAAAUUACACGGCACGGUGGUAGAAGGCCGUAAAAUAGAGGUGAACAAUGCAACAGCACGAGUAAUGACAAACAAAAAGACAGUCAACCCAUAUGCAAACGGCUGGAAGUUGAAUCCGGUGGUGGGUGCAGUCUACAGCCCAGAAUUCUAUGCAGUGCCAGGCUUCCCGUACCCAGCUGCAACGGCGGCUGCAGCCUACAGAGGGGCGCACUUAAGAGGGAGAGGACGCACAGUGUACAACACAUUUCGGGCAGCAGCUCCUCCACCACACAUCCCGGCAUACGGAGGCGUCGUUUACCAGGACGGAUUUUAUGGCGCAGAUAUCUAUGGCGGUUACGCUGCCUACCGAUACGCCCAGCCUGCCACAGCUGCCGCUGCCGCCUACAGUGACAGUUACGGACGAGUUUAUGCUGCCGACCCCUACAACCACGCACUUGCUCCAGCAGCCACAUACAGCGUUGGUGCCAUGAACGCUUUCGCACCGCUGACCGACGCCAAGACCAGGAGCCACGCGGACGACGUGGGUCUCGUUCUUUCUUCGCUGCAGGCUAGUAUAUACCGAGGCGGAUACAGCCGUUUCGCUCCAUACUAAAAAAAAAUUAAAUAAAAUAAAAUAAAAGGAAAUGUAAUACACACACCUAACUCAACUCAACUCAACUCAACUCAACUCAACUCGAAUUCUUCCCGAGGGUGGUACAGAGGGAAUCACUUUUUUUCCGAGGCCUGGGUAUUGCAAUACAAUGCAGUCGUGCAUCAUUUUUCAGCACCUCUUGCGGAGAAAAGAGAGAGGACAAAAAAAAGAGAAAAAAAAAGGAAACACACACGGAUAUUUUUCAUCUUAUACCUCAAGAUAUUUUGUGCUGUGUAUUUUAAUAUUGUGGGUUUUUAAUUUCUAAAAACAUAGAAUUGUUGGCUGUAGAGGUUUCUGUGGUGAUCUAGAGAGCUGCUAGAUUAAAAAAAAAACAACAACAAAAAAAGAAGAAGAUGUUUAAAGGAAAAUAAAAUUGUUAGGGCUUUAUUGUUUAUGUAAAUGAAUUAUGUAUGAUAAAUAUUUAGUCCCUUGGGGUGAUCAUAUUUUGUAAGUGACUACAGUAGUACUGGAUUUCUGCUUUUUGUUGUUCGGUUUUUCUUUGUUUUUUUUUGGUUUGAUUUUUGGUUUGUUUUCUCGGGGGGUUUUUUAUGGUGGAUUAACGGCCCAGACACCCACGGAAGCAGCAGCAGGACGGGGCAGGAAGGAGACCGGCCCCGCCCUGAGUGGCACGAAGACACAGUAUGGGAGGAGCGAAACCACUAGCGUUGAUUAUUUCCUCCGUCUGAUACCAGUCAUUACUCCAAACCAAAGUUUACUUUUAUUACCUUUUUUUUCUUAUGUGUUUAACAGAAGCAGCUCUUAGAGUAACUCCAAAACCAUGACAGUAUUUCAUAUUUAGUUUGUAGGUUUAGAUCCUGACUAGUAUAGAACGCCAACCACAAAUGUAAAAUACACAUAUAUA